GCGGUGGUGGCUCGCCGAUGCUGUCUUGCUCUCGUACAUCGGGGACUGGGGGGUCCUCGACUCUCUCCUCUCGAAGCCGCUCGUGGAGCCCGAGGACGACGCGUCCCUGAGGUACACGAGAGAGGCGGAGCGGCUCAGUUUCUACGACUACCCGCGGGUUCAAAUGUCCAGCGUGACACGAUGGAGCCGCUUCUAUCGGACGACAGCCCCCCAAGGGGGGCAAGUGGUCCUCCUAGCGAUGCGAAUGUACCCCAAGAAGAAGAACGACACAAGGUGGAUCUACGUGAAGCCGGACCGCGCCCUCGGCGUGGGCGACAUCAAGGAUCGGGCGAAGCUGUCGAGUCGUCGUCAGCAAGGUUGGGACUACGAGACCUUCCCCGCCCUCACGGCCAGCGAGAAGACGGACAUCCUGGAGAAGGCCAAGGAGAAGCAGCUCGAGGCCGAGCUGUAUCUGUCCAACAUCCGAGGCUAUGUGGCCUCCUUGUCCUGGUUUCGUUAUGGGCGAGUUGGCGUGUGGAGCACAUGGAACUGGGGGUCGACGGUGGGCGCUGCUUUCUUCUUCUGGAGAGUGGCCGUCUACUGCAACCUAUGGCAGUGGAUGCGGUGGACAGUGGAGAAGCUCGAGGAUGGCCACAACAUGCUUCUCGAAGUCGACGACUUCCGCGGCUACUUGCACGACUUAUACCAAGACGGCAAGCUCGAGAUUCCCAUCAUGAUCUUCACCGCCCCAGUGGCCCUGGGGCCAAGUCCCCUGCGCCGCUGCAAGCGGCGCCCGUCGCCACUGCUAGCUGGGGGAACGCCUCCAGGGAGCGACGUGAACAGCGACGGGGAGGCAGGGCACUCCGUGGCGAGCUCUUCGGACGAGUCGGAGCCAGCGAAGGACAUGCAGGAGAUGAAAGCCAUGAUAAGCAGCCUACUCGACGAGAUCACCCGUUCAAGGUCGGAGUCGCCUCGUGCACGCACGAGUCAAAGCACAUCGUCGGCAGCGCCCCCCGGAGAGAGCAGCCACGCCAGCUGGGAGAGAGUGCCCAGCGUCACGACCGAGCCCAACAUGGACAUGCAUGUGGACAGGAUGAUCGACCGGAUGAAGCGCUUCGAGGACACGAUCAGUGCGGACAAGGCCUCGCCUGGAUGCAAGCCCUUGCAGGACGCGUCGCCCACGGCGGCCACGGCGGGAUCCACGACUUGCCCCACCAUCGACCUGGGGACGAAGGAGACGCUGGAGGGUGCGGGGGUGAGCCUCGAGCCGUUGAGGGAGGCACUUCGGGGCCCCAGCGAGCGGUUGCUGGCCAAGCUCUCGAAGAUCGAUGCGCCGCCAACCUUCACCCUCCCAGCAGGCCUCACCUCCCGCGUGGCGCCCGGGCUGCUGGUCCAGACCUACGGGAAGAACGGCAGCAUGGUGAAGUUUGCGACGGACUGGGUUCGCCUCAAGAAGCUGAAUCGCAACCGCAUCGGUCACGCCUCGCCCGAGUUCAUCCAGACGGCGGGGCGCGAGAUCCUGCGCGCGCGGGCCUAUGCGUUGAAGCGGGCGUUCAAGGACGUGGUAGGCAUCAACGACUGGAAGCAGCCUCGGGGCAGCGAGGCCAACAAGUGGAAGUCCAAGGUGCGCUGGGACCUCGCGAACGAGUUGGACUGGGGGUCUCUCACGGAGGGCGAGGAUGCGCCCCCAGGAGUGGAGCGCGACUUGACAGCCAGGCUGCAAAAAGCAGCCGCGGGCGUGCCUCCCGAAGCCGUUCCUCGAGACCGAGACCUUCUGCCGGACUUGCCGCUGCUACCCUGGUCGGUGGUGGCGGACCGCGCGGGGCCAAUGCAUCAAGGCACACUGCGACAUGUGCGAGCUCUCGCCAACGGGCUGAUCCGAUCCAUGCACCACCUCUCUCGGGGCACGGUCGGAGCGGCCGAGGGCGCUGGGCCGUCGGCCGCGUGGGAGCGGGCGACACCGCUCCAGAGGGCCACUUCGAGGAGGCUCCUGGAGGCGCGGCUAGCUUGGGGCAGCCAGGUGGCCGCGAUCAAGGAAGACGAAGACGCUGCCCUUCGGCGCGCCACGGCCGGUCGGGCCUCGCCGUGCUCGGGCGAAGGGGCUACUGUUGCCCUGGGAAAGGAUUCAAAGGGAAGAAAGAUGCCACCGAAGGGCGCGAUGUGCUCCGUCGACGUGGAGGAGCCAGCCCUUCCGCCGCCAGUGACCAUCCCUGCCAGGAUCGUGGACAUCUGCCCGGUGGCCGCCGAGCAUUUAUCCGAUGUUGCCGGGAGGAUGCUACGCGAGCCCAGCCCAGCCAUGGGCGAGGAGCUGAGGGGCCAGAAGGUCUACCGAGAUCCAUCUCUUCGAUCGAGGGCGCCUCGUCUCCGCUUGGCCGAGGGGCUCUGGGAUGCGGGGAUGCUCGGGACCACCGACCAGCUGGUCGAGGGUGUCUCGCUCUUCGGGGCCAUCAAGAAGCACCUGCAGGAGGAGGCGGGCCCCCUCGGCCCCGCCAGGCGCCAGGUCCGCGCCAUCUGGGACCAGAAGCGGGCCAACCUCCGCUGGCAGAGGCCCCCGCACGUGCCACUCAGCAGCCCCGCGACCUUCACCCACCUGGACCUCUCCAACCUCGGCGAGAAGGACGUGGUCUACACGGGCGUUGGCGACAUCCCGGACACGUUCUAUCGCUUGGAGACGCCGCCCGAUGUCUGGCCCUACUUUGUCUUGGAGGAGGUGCCCGUCCACGAGUUCGUCGACUACAUGAGGACCAAAGGGCGGGACUGCGUCAUCCCCGAUGGCGGGCCUCUCCUGGCGUUGAAGGUUUUGGUGAUGGGCUGGUCGUGGGCCCCGUUCUUGGCCCACUCUACGCUGCAGGCUUGCAUAGCGCGCGGGCUCGGGGAGGACUCCGUCGGCGCGCGCCUGGCCCACGGGGCCCCGACGCCUCAGUUGAUCGGGCCCGACGGGUUCGAGUCGGUGAACUGGGCGCACAUGGACGACUACGGGGUCAUGAUCGAUCGCACCUGCGGCCUGGCUCUGGCGACGCUGCGGCUGGCGGAGCGGACGUGCUGGACCGCGGAGCUCCUCGAGCGCAUCGUGGGGCUGUGGGCGUGGGCGGCCAUCUUCCAGCGCACGGGCCACGCCAUCUUCGACAAGGUCUAUCACGAGAUGAGGUGGGAGCUGACUACGAUGGCCCACUGCGCACCGCUCUUGCGCACGGAUCUCGAGGCGCCUUGGCUCUCGCAGGUGUUCAUGACGGACUCCAGCGACACGGGCUACGGGGCGGCGGUCACCGACGCAUCGCUGGGGGAGAUCAGGAAGGACGCGCGCUACAGCGAGAUGAGGGGGUGGACGAUCGCCACCGAGGACAUCUACACAGACCAGGAGGAGGACGCUUGGGUGCCCCACGCUGGGGGGUGCGCCUACGACGUGGGCGAGCUUGCCGAGGCGUCGACCACGCCUCCGCCGCGGAUCGGUCGAAGGGCCUACCGGGCGCUGCACCUCUUCGCGGGCAGGCGCCGGGAGGGGGACCUGGAGGAGGCCAUCCACUCGCGGGCGGAGCGCGACGGCUACGAGGUCGAGGUCUGGUCCAUCGACGCGGUGAUCGACCCGAAGCACGACCUCACCAACGACGAGCUUGUCAGCGUGAUCCUGGGUCUGGCGCGCGACGGGUACUUCCACGCAGUGAUCGCCUCGCCGCCAUGUUCCACCUGGAGUCGAGCUCGCUUCCUGGGAAAGGGGCCGAGGCCCCUGCGGACGCGCCGCGAGCCUUGGGGGCGGAGCGACAUAUCAUUCACAGCCUUCGAGCGCCUCCGCCUGGACCUGGGGUCGCGCCUCUUGCUCACGGCCAUGCAGGCGGUCCGCGAAGUCUGCCUAGCUGGGGGCCUGGACUUGAUGGAGCACCCUGCAGACCCAGAGGAGGACCCGUACCCGCCCAUGUGGAACCUCCCCGAGAUGGCAAGCCUCCUCGAGGCGUACCAGCCGCCGCUGUGCGCCGCGCUGGCCGGGGUGAUCCUCGAGGCGCUCGCCCGCGUGACGAAGGAGAUGAGGGGCCCCGAUCCAACGGGCUCGCGUGCGCCCCCAUCUACGGCGUCCUUCGGCCCACCGAGGCCGCCCAAGGCGGGAGACGCCCCCCUGCAGGAGCGGGGGCCACGGGCGUGGGACAACUACGAGAAGGAGCCGCACCUGGGCAUCAGCGAGGGCGGUUCCACGAGGCUCCUCACCCACUCCGCGGCGGACGUCACCGCGGCGCAGUGGGCCCCGAAGGUGCGAGACUUCCUCAGCUACUGCGUCGACAAGGGUUGGGAGCUUCGGUUCGCGAAAGCCGUGGACCACUCCCUGGCCGACUACAUGGACAUGAAGUGCUACCGGGACCGACUCCGCCCCACGUGGGGGUCGAUCGUCCUGUUCGGGCUGCUGGUGAUCUGGCCUGAGCUGAGGAACCAGCUCCCUCUGGCCUUGCGAAGCUUGAAGAGUUGGCAGAGGUUGGUCGUCUCUGUUGAAGUGGGCCCGCUGCCUGAGAAGGCCGUAUUCGCCAUCGCCAUCUACUUUUUUGAGGCGGGGCUCCUGGACGAAGCUAUCUGGACCCUCGUGCAGUACGACGUCUACGGGCGGGAGCAGGACAUGGAGAUGCUGCGCGAGGCCGACAUCAUUUGGGAUGGCCGAUGCGUAGGCCUCCUGUUUGGCAUCUCUGCCAGAGGCGAGGAGGGCAAGACGGGCAGCAACCAGGGGGUCGUCAUCCGCCGCGGGACGGUCGCGAACCUCAUCCUGGCCCUGAAGGACGUCAAGAAGAACUCCACGGGGCCCAUCUUCGGCCCGAGGCAGGCAGGCUUCCGCAAGGAGUGGCAUCGCGCGUGUCGCGCGCUGGGGAUGCCCUGGGCGCCGCCGCCGCACGGGCCCCGCCACUCGGGGCCCAGCGAGGACGUGGCCCGCGGACGGGCUAGCCUAGAGCAGGUGCGGAGGCGAGGCAGGUGGAAGGCCCUCUCCAGCGUCCAGUGGUACUCCAAGACGUUCGCUCUCACGCAGUUCCGUGCGAAGAUGCCGAAGAAAAGCAUGAGAUGGAUUAUCCGUGCGGUGGGGUCCCGCACCAACUACAGCAAGCAGCAGAGGCAGCUGGUCGACGGCAUCAAGGCGAACUUGAAGAUGAAGAAAGUGAAAGAUGUCGCCGCGGAGCUCCUGAUGCUAGGCCCACCAAGGCCGAAGCAGAAGACCACCACCAAGCAGAAGCCCACCAAGGGCGAGGUGAGCUGUCCAGAGUCCGACGACCUCUACUCCGACGAGACGUGGGGAGAGACAACUGAAUGGUGGACCGAGUGA